GUAUUACAGACCAGUAAUGGUGGAGGCAGUUUGAGCGAUUACUCCUCUUCCGUACCCUCCACUCCCAGUACCAGUCAGAAGGAACUGCGUAUCGAUGUACCCCAAACCGCUAACACCCCUACGCCCGUCCGCAAACAGUCCAAACGACGUUCCAACCUCUUUACGUCUCGGAAGGGAAACGAACCAGACAGGGAGAAGAAAGGGAUGGAUGGCCGCGCAGACAGCAUUGGAAGUGGCCGUGCUAUCCCAAUUAAACAGGGCAUGUUGCUGAAAAGAAGCGGCAAGUCACUGAACAAAGAGUGGAAGAAGAAAUAUGUCACACUUUGUGACAACGGAGUCCUCACAUAUCAUCCUAGUCUGCAUGAUUAUAUGCAGAAUGUUCAUGGGAAGGAGAUCGACCUGCUUCGGACUACAGUGAAGGUUCCAGGGAAGAGGCCCCCCAGGGCCAUCUCCACAUGUGCGGCCCCCAGUCCCAAAACCAAUGGGCUGACCAAGGACAUGAGUAACCUGCAGCUUGGACAGACACCAGGCUCUGUGACCAGUAGUUCUUCUGCGUCUCAGAUGGCGAGUGGCAUCAGUCUGGUGUCGUUUAACAGUCGGCCGGAUGGGAUGCAUCAGCGCUCAUACUCUGUGUCCAGCGCUGACCAAUGGAGUGAUGCCACAGUCAUUGCCAACUCAGGAAUCAGCACAGAUGCCGGUCUGGGAGAUUCUGUAUGCUCCAGUCCAAGCAUAUCCAGUACCACCAGUCCGAAGAUAGACCCGCCCCCAUCACCCCACGCCAACCGCAAAAAACACAGGAGGAAGAAGAGUACCAGCAACUUCAAGGUGGACGGCUUCUCUGGAACUGCAGAAGAACCAGAGGACAACUUUGAGUUCAUCAUUGUUUCUCUGACGGGACAGACAUGGAAUUUUGAGGCAACGUCCUAUGAGGAGCGGGACGCAUGGGUUCAGGCCAUUGAGAGCCAGAUUCUGGCGAGUCUACAGUCCUGUGAGAGCAGCAAACAGAAGUCUCGUCUGAGCAGCCAAUCAGAAGCCAUCGCUCUGCAGUCUGUCAGGAACAUUAGAGGAAACACGCGCUGUGUGGAUUGUGAAGCCCAGAACCCUGAUUGGGCCAGUCUGAACCUGGGGGCUUUAAUCUGUAUAGAAUGUUCAGGCAUUCAUCGCAACCUGGGUACUCACCUGUCUCGUGUCCGCUCUUUGGACCUGGACGAGUGGCCUCUAGAGCUCAUCAAGGUCAUGUCGGGCAUCGGCAAUGAGUUGGCUAAUACUGUGUGGGAAGCCAAUGCUCAAGGACGCCUAAAGCCUGCCCCUGAUGCCAGCAGAGAGGAACGUGAGCGCUGGAUCAGAGCCAAAUAUGAGCAGAAGUUGUUUUUGGCAUCGCUGACGUGCACAGAGCUGACUUUAGGACAGCAGUUACUGCGGGCCACAGCGGAGGAAGACUUGCGCAUUGUGGUCAUACUGCUGGCCCACGGCUCCAGAGAUGAGGUCAACGAAACCUGUGGGGAAGGUGAUGGCCGGACAGCCCUGCACCUGGCCUGCCGCAAAGGGAAUGUUGUAAUCACGCAACUGCUCAUAUGGUACGGCGUGGACAUCAUGGCACGGGAUGCUCACGGCAAUACAGCACUGGCAUACGCACGGCAAGCUAACAGUCAGGAGUGUAUGGACGUCCUGCUUCAGUACGGCUGUCCUGACGAGCGUUACCCACUCAUGGCCACACCAAACCUGUCACGCAGGAACAAUAACCGCAAUAACAGUUGCAGCAGCAUAAACAGUGCAGUUAUAUGAGAAGUACACUCUCACACACACAAACAUGCAUUCUGGUCAGCACUCCUCCUCCCUCCAUACACACACUUUCAUAUGUACAGCUCCACCACUACAUCAGAAUCAUAAAACUAUACUAGACUCGAGGGAAAGACCCCGACACUGAUGAUGAUGAAGCAGCAUGAGCAGAGCUACUGUGUUUGCCUGACUUUACAAUCCCACAGGUUGAAAACAUUGUCGUGGCAAGGGUUUAGCCAAUCAUGUGUCAUCCAUUGUUUUGGUUUUAACAAAAAUGAAAACAAUACCGGACUCUGAUUUUCUGCCUGUGCCAGUUUAAGCUACCAAGUGCAUGAUGGGAGAAUAGGGUGUGGAUUUGGUAACUGAUGAGCAGGUGACACAUCAGCGUUCUGCUCCCUGCCUCUUCUCUGUGGAGUCUAAUAGAUGAC